AUGAACGUGAUGAUGAUGGCACUGCCGUCGAUGACGCAGCACAUGCGACGAUUCGAGCGACAUCGUGAAGCGCUCGAAGCUGCAGUGAUGAACGUGAUGAUGAUGGCACUGCCGUCGAUGACGCAGCACAUGCGACGAUUCGAGCGACAUCGUGAAGCGCUCGAAGCUGCAGGUGACGACGACGAUGAGUCGGCGGUGACGCGUGGCGCAGGCGCCACGCCACCAGCCGCGGCUCUUCUGCUCUCGUUGCUCGCUCCCCGACCUAGCCUCUCUCUACAAGAGAAUGAGUUUGGCGGAGCAUCGGCCACUCCGAGAUCGAGUGUUGACUCGCUUUCCGACAACGAUCACGUCGUCACCAAUGACUUCGUCUCAGAAGGAUACGUCAAUUCCAGAAAAUCAUCUGGUGCAGAUGACUCACCAAUGACAAUGUCGCAGAAAUCGUCAGGAGAAUUCCAACCAAGCAAACGAGUCAAAUCCAGGCAGCGUCGAAGUAGCGAUGCGAUUCUGCCAACGAUUCUACGACAAAUUUCACGACGAAGUCCAAGGAUUUUCCGAAAAGCCCCCUGCGAUCGGACACCGGACACUGAA